UGGAGUGUCUCCGACGGACCGCAAUGAGGAGAUAAAUAGAAGCUUUAUCUAUUUAUUAUAAAGUAUUAACGGGUCUCAUUCAUUGCUACCUGGGAGGAGCAGCUGGUGGGUUGAGUCGUUUAUACGCUCGUCUGCUUUAAAGGGCUCCUGGAAGAAUAAUGGAUGAGGACUGUCUCUAACACUUGGACAUUUGGAUCUUCGGACUGAACUAUGGAGGGUGGUGAUGAGUGUGUUAAUGUGAAACAGUCUCAGACUGAUGCAUGCAGCGCUGAGGUUGCAGGAGGAGGCGGAGGAGAGAUGCUAAGUAAAGCUGAAGAUGCUGCUGAUUCCUGUGUCAGCGCUAAAGAAGGACUCUCCAACCUGGUGGAUCCUCCCGCUCCGUCAGUGGUGAGUCCCUCUGCUGAAGCGCCAGGAGGCGUAGCGCUUAAAGUCGCCACAACUGUGCUGCACCCGGUGUGUCUGGGAGAGACCCCGCUGAUGCUGCCCAUCCACCUGCAGAUGGCCGGAGCUGCCGGGCCUCAGCUCGGCCAAAUGGGGGCGUCGCCAUACCUGAUCACGAGCCAAAGCCCGGUCUCUCUUCCUAUGGUGUUGGAUCAGCAGGUCCUCCAGCACAUGAGUCCGUCGGUGAUCCCUCAGACUGCUAACUGCCCUCAGCUGCAGAACAAUGUCCUGUGUCAGAACCCUUUGGCGUUUGGUUUACCUCCAGCUGUGGAUCAGAAAGCAGCAGCACAAACGCAGGAGGCUAACCUGCUCUCACUCCUGCAGAAUCCAGCGUUUGCAGCCAUCUUGCAGGAUCUUUUCUCCUCUCAGGCGGGCGCUUCAUCCACCUGUCAGUCCCCAGGCUCUCCAUUUUUCCCUCUUCCUCCCCUCACACCCCCCUACUCCUCUCCUCUGGCCCCGUUAGUCCCUCCAGCCACCCUUCUAGUUCCCUAUCCUGUCAUCAUCCCUCUGCCAGUGCCUCUGCCAGUCCCUCUACCUAUCCCCAUUCCAGUCCCUCAGACUGAGGACUCAAAGGGGAACAUGCCAAAACCAGUUUGCACUGUGAGUAAAAGCACUCAGACGUCUCCUAAAGAUACUACCUCUCCUGCGUUGUCCUCGAGCAGAUUCAUGCCAUCAUUCCAGCUGCAAAAUGUGUCCCUGUCCUCGCUUCCUGUCGAUGAAGGGCAGGCUCUGGACCUCUCCGUCCGGACAUGUCCUGUUGAACUAAAACAGGAAUCUCCCAGUCCGCAGCAGGACAGCGUACUGGAUUUGUCAGUGCCUGGUGUGAGGAAGAAGUAUGACAAAGAGGUAGCUUUCCAUUCCAGUCAGGAUACAAGAGGUACCUCAUUGUCUUUGGGCGUUCAAUGCACUCAGAGUUUAGAUUCCAAACUUCUGGGCAGUUUGGCUUCACUGCAGUUCAGCCGGCAGCAUAAAUGGGUAGUCGACAGCGGUCCAGGUGGGUCGGGUACUCAGGAGGCGUCUAUAAGCGGAGCAGGAAACCUGGAGAUACUCAGCACCUCGCAGACAGCCAAAGUCAUCGUCUCAGUGAAGGACGCCAUCCCUGCGAUCCUCUGCGGGAAGAUAAAAGGCCUCUCAGGGGUCUCCACUAAGAACUUCUCAAUCAAACGGGACGGCAGCCAGGGGCCGUCUCUGCAGCAGCUCUACGCCCUGCCGUCUGCAUCUCAAGCUGAGCAGCACGACCCCAACAACCCGCUUAAGAAGGUCCCAAAGAGCAGGGCCAUCAAGCUGAAGAAGGUCAGCUCACAGGAGAUCCACUUCCUCCCGGUGAAGAAGCAGAGACUCGCAGCGCUGCUCCCCAGGAAGUGAAAGUGCCCGGCGGUGGGGGGAUUAAUUGUUGGAGCGCUCUCUGGUAUCCCGUCCAGAGCGUGUAACAUAAAACACAUGUGGAGACGGUCUGUAAUCAAAGUCAUACACAUACAUGUCCCGUCAAAAGCUCAGAGUCUGGCUCCAAAUGUUACAGAAAAUGAGCUCAUGAAUGUCUGACAGUGUCACACAGUUUUUUUGUUAUUCUGUGAUGCACUACUCCAAAGUGUUGCAUUAAACCUGAAAUGUUUCUGUCGAUGGCAGCUUAAUGGCCUCUCCAUGAAUCACGGAACAUUUCUUGACUGCAAAAUCACAGAAAAGACACAUGGGUUCAAUUUCUCCAUAUCUGGAGUCAAGGUUUUUUUUUUCCACAAGAAAUUUGUCUUGAAGUGCACUGAGGACCUUAAAGAAACGUUGUCAGAGUUUCAAACUGUUCACAUCAGAGCAGUUUGUGCUGGCAGGACGUGACACAGACUCUUAAAAACAUGUCCCAUGGUUGGAAAUUCCCAAAGUCAUCACUGGCUCAGUGGAGCGUUUCAUUCUCAUGUGAUUGGUUGGGUUUAAGCAUGACAGACUAAUAAUGAUUUGGCAGAGCGAGAGCCACAAUUUCAUUAAAGUAAAUGUUGGAAACAGCCGUAAGUCACGAAAAAAUACUUUCUUAUGAAGUAUAACAGCAGCAGAAAAAAGGGAUGUCUUUUUUUGUCUUCACAUUUCAUACAACUUCUAUGAGCCUUUGUUAAUAUAAGGGAAAAGAGCUUUUUAAAUGGUGGAAAUAGCCUAUUGAAUCCAAAAUUAAACAGCAAGUGAGACACAGCUGCACCCCCCCCCCCCUAAUGUUUGCAUUAAACAUUACCUUUGGUAUUUUUAAACAGGGUCCUAUUCGUACAUAAUUUGGGAAUAUAUCUCUAAAAGUUACAACAACUUUUAUAUGGCUUCAGUAGAUUGUUUAGGCUGCAACGUUUUCUGGGGGAAAUUUGCCAGAUCUAUAUACAGUAUGUUUGCUAAAAGGACUCGUUUUAGCCAGGGUCACACUUAGAUUAUUAUUCUAAGUGUCUGACAAAAUUACAGAAACUAUCCCUACAAAGUUAGUUUUAAAAAAAUAAAGAAUUAGAUGCUUUUUAGGAAACCACCAACAGCGGAUACCAUACCCUCAAAGCCACCAGACUCCAUGAGCAAAAAUGUAAUUUUACCUUUCAGAACACAGGAGUUGCUGGUCUACUGCUGCUCUGAUUAGUUAGAAUUUGUGUUAUUAUGCAUCACACUAAUAUCUCGCCAUAGCCUGUCAAAUGAACCCCAAAUUAAGUCAGGAGCGGACAAACAACUCCUAUGCACAAGGUAAAAUUGCUGUUUUUUUCAAUGGAGUCUGGCAGUGUUUUUGAAAAUGUUAUGAAGGCUGUUUCUGGUUAAAAUAAAAGGAUUUGUCCCUGAUCUGUCGCUGUAGGGAUCAGUUCUGUAAUGUUGCCUGACGCUAACAUUUACAACGUGAGUCGAUCACUGGCAACAAGAAGCUCUUUAAUUGGGCGCAUUUUUCUUUUGGGAUUGAGUUGCAGCAGCAACAGUCUUUAUUCCAAGUUGUUCUUUUGCAUUUUGGCAUUCACAUUCAGAGUAUGUCUAAAACAUAGGGCCUAGUUUUAAAAAUACUAGACUUACUCCAAACUGACAAAUGAAUUGAAUCCAAGAGGAAGUUUUAUAUGGUGCUAUUAUUGUUGCAAAAACUAUUUACAAAUCAACAAAUACUUCAAACAGAUCUGCAAAUAUCUGCAAGACCUACAUUUGUCGAUGUAUUUACACAUUUGCAAAUGGUUUUCAACGAUAAUAGCUCCAUACUUUAAAUAUUUAUUUACCUGUCGAGUCAACCGAACAUGUGAAGAGAAGAUAAAGAUGGAGAGAAAAGAUCGAAGAAGUAAUGUCUGUAUCCUGGCUUCAGUCAGGGAGAAGAUUGUUGGUGUGUUUGUGAAGUGAAUCUGUAUUGAUGAGUCUCCACAUUCUGUUUCUGUCUGCGUAAACCUUUAGUUCAAAGUGGUUUCAUGUCACUUUUAUGGUUUUGUUGAUCAUGGCGGAGAUGUUUCUGUCCCAUGAUUAGAUCAGAGUUGUGAAUGUGAGAGUAUUGGUGUUGUGUGUCCAUUUAUUUAUCCUGUUGAGUGCACUUUGCCAUAGUUUAGUUUGAAGCGUUACAGGGUGUUGCUACAUUUUUUGCUCAAACUGUUUCCCCCACUGAUUGUGAAUGGAGCAUUUAUUAAAAUCUGUGAAUUAAAGAGCUACAAACAUCUGGAUGCAAACUGUUGGAGAGAUGAAAGAAGGGAUGGAGAACCCUACACAAUCCUUCAUGUAUACUGAUGAACUUUAACUCAUGUCUGCAGAAUCAACAGCGAGCGCUUGGCUUUAGCAGCUCGAACACUUUGCCUGUACAUGAUUUCACACUAAUUUAUUCUUUGUGAAACUUUUAUUUAUACAAUCUGUAAAUAUCCCGGAUGAUCGUCAGUUGUUACUGUCUUUCUCCUUUUGAACUGUCGGACUCCUGAAGCACUUUUUAUGCUUCCAAAAACAUUUCUUUUUAGUGAAGAAACACCAGUGCUGGCAGUUUGAUGUGUGUUUACUGUACAGUAUGUGUUUUUUAUAUGGAAGGGAACUAAAAACUAAAAGUCUGAA